CGCCAGAAGUCCACUCGAUUGACCCUGUUUGCACCGCUCAAAGCCUUGGUGCUGUGGGUAGCCAUGGUGCUGUGCUGCGGGUCGAAGCCACCAAAGGAGCCAGAAGUUGAUGUGGAGGCCAAACUCAAGGAGCUUGAGGAUCGCCUGAACUCGAAGAUCAUGGAGCUCUCCAGCUCAGUGAUCAACGACUUCACGGCAGAGCUCACUGGGCUCAAGGAAGAAAUGCUGUCACUCAAGCAGGAGAGGUCCCAUUCAGAGCAGGCCGUCACACAAAGCAGUGAGCGACAUACCCAGCAGAUCCACGACCUGCGGCAGGAGCUGAACCUCCGCAUUGAGCAGCAAAGUUCCGAGCUCCAAGAGCUAAAAGAGAGCAAGGCCGAGGAGGCGGAGACUUUGCGGCAAGAGUUUCAGGAGCAGAUCUUAGCCCACCAGCUAGAGCUGAAAAAGGUGGAUGAUAAGCACCACGUGAGCUUUCAGCAGCUUUCGCAGCUGCAGCAGCAAACGCAACAGAGCUCCGAUCGCCUCACUGAGGAGCUGAAGAGCUGCCACAGCGUCAUCGAGACACAAAGGGUGGAGAUGCACAAGGAGAUCCAGGUGGCAAAGGAGUCUACCAGUGGGCCAUUGACCACCCAGUGCGAUCAGCUCCAGGGCGGACUGGAGGAUGUGUCUUCUAAGCUGGUGCAGUCGACAGCAGACUUGGAGAGGUCAGUGCAAACUGUCGAAGAGCGCAUACAAACGGUGCGUGGAGAAAUGGAAAACAGCGUCGCCGACUGCUUGCAAAGGCUGGUGAAAGAGGAGCAAGCCACACAGGAAAGAGUCCAGGACCUUCGGAUUGCCAUCCGAGAGAACUUGCACCGUAUCGAGAGUAAUACCCAGCUGGCGGCCAAUGUUUACUGCCGCAGUGUCAGAUGGAACUGCAGAGGUUUGAAGAAGCGCAUGGCCGAUGUCCUGAACCAGGAACGUGAGGCCCGUGUGGACUGCUCGGGCAUUCGAUCACCGGAGUUUUCACUCUGUUCGUUGCCCACCAUGCAGUUGGAGCUUUGCCUGGCUGCCCGCAGCAUGGCCCAGGAGGAAGGGAUCACUGCACCACUCCCAGUGCCAGGCAGCUGCUCGCUGCGGUUGUGGGUUCACCCAGGCGUCGAGAUGACCUUCAGGCUCACCGUGGGGGAAGGUGAGAAUGCUGUGAGCCGGCGCUUUGACUAUAGUUUCUUGGAGCCCAGCGAGGUAGAAGGCGAGCCACGAACCUUUUUCGAAGUCUUGAACUUUUGCCUGCUCGAGCAGGCCUGGAUACGGAAGGAAGACAACAUUGCAGUGACCUUUGAUCUACUCGAGUUCAAGACUCAGCCGGUGCUCGAACUCCAGGAGGUGGAGGAAGAAUCCCCUGAGAGCCCUGAGCUGGUGCCAGAAGAUGAAGCAGGCACAGAAGGCCACGAAGAGGAGCGCAGCGAGCGCAGCAAAAGAAGUGACGAAAUGUUCUUCACACGCUCGGCCACAGCAGAAUUGGUGCUGCACGAGCGACUUCAGAAGGAUCUUGUCAGCCUCAGGAACAAGUGGGUGCGCCGUGUGGAAUGGAAGCUUGAGGGUUGCACUAGGCUCUUGGAGUGCUGCAAAGCGGGCGACUCGGUGGACUCCCCAAUCUUCAGCGCUGCCGGCUUGGAGAGGCUUCAAUUCCACUUCUAUCCGAAGGGCUAUGAGCCAGCAACAGGCUCUACAUCGCCGUGCUCUUUGUACGUGAGCGGGCCUGAUCGUGGAGUGUCCAUUCGAGGUGUGCUUUGGGUCGGCAGCCAGGGGCGGCAGUUUGAGCAUCGCUUCCGCAACCGAGGGGAUGUGGGUGGACGCGCCAAGUUCUGUUCCUUGGAGCAGCUUCAAGAUCCACAAGAUGGAGUGCUCGUUGCCGUGGACCUGAACGAAGUGGAGCAGGAGCUUCCCGAUCAUCAGCAAUCAUUGGUGCUCCGGGACGCCCGCAACACCGCAGCGAGCGGCAAUGGUGACGUCACCUCGCCGAUGAGCCCUUCAUGGAACCUGGUGACGAUGCCAUUGGCCACCAACACCAAGGCGACGGUGCGGAUGAAACGGGAGGAUCCGUCCAAGACGGAACAGCUGGUGAAGUGCGUGUCCUUGCCCUCGCUGAAAGCGAGCAACAUGACGCAGAUGAACUUCACCAUGAGACCGUCUCGACGUUCUCAUGACUUUUGAGGAGAUCUAUGGUUCAUGGAUUCCAUGUGCAAAAGAGUGACUUGGAACUACUUUGUACUCUGACACUUACAGUGGAGUAGACUGCAUGGACCAAUCGCCUCGCAAAGCGAGGAAAGCGAGCGAUGUUUCACCCCAAAGGGUGUCCGAGGUCAUUGGAAUCAUUGGAUCGAACGGAUGAUCUAGG